AUGGCUAUCCAUCCCAAGUUACACCCGGAGCCUACGCAAGGAGGCCUGUCGCCACGUCAGGCUAUGGCUAUCUCGGCCUGGACGGAACAAGCGGCCGCGUCGCUCGAGGAUCUGUCCCUCUCCGAAUCGAACCACGCCGGCUCCGCGCCCGCCACACCGUCUCGCCCAACGCGCUCAGCUCCCCUACGUGGCACAACUGUUUCGCUAUCGAUCCCUCUGGACGAUGAACCCGCUGCGGCUCCCGCUCCCCGAGUCAAGGUUCUCGCCACUUCCGGAGAGACCUCUGCGCCAACGGUCAGCUUCCGCCGCAGAGAACCGCUUCGGCGAGAUAGUCUGAAGCGACGCGAGGCUCUCCUCAAGGGCAAAGAUGGCAGCCGCCGGCGACAGCGUUGGGAGAAUGACCGUCUCCUGCAUAACCCAUGGGCGGAGCCGCCAGCCCCUAUGGAUUGGGAUAUCCAGCCAACAUAUACCCGCCAUGAUCCUAUGCCAUACUACCUGGCGCCCCUAUGGGAUGUCCAUUAUGCCAAGGUGGCUGAUCGCCACGCCGCGCGGGUUCAUGCCGAGAAAGCUGCAGCGGAGAAGCACAGGGUGCCCAAGGAGCUUCGGUCCAGAUUGAAGCAUGCCCGAGCUGCCCGCGGUAUGCUUCAAGACCUGGAAGACGAGAUCCGGGUUUUCAUCCUUAAAUGGAACGACAAGCAGCUUUAUCUUCGGGCCGAUGGUCUGCAAGAUGCCCCAGAGUCUUCACCUAGUGACUCCGAGGACGAGAUUGUCUUCGUUGGUCGCAAUGGGCAGAUGCAUGACUCUCCGGGGCGGAAGCAGAGACUGCAGCAAAUGCGCGAGGAGCUGAGCCUCCAUGAUGAGCGCGACGGCGAGAAGAUGGUAUUUGAAAGCCUUGUUGAUGACCGCACGGCUGCGUUCGGCCGCUGGCUUGUACACUCCAUUGCCUCAUACUAUGGCUUGCAUACCUGGUCCGUCACUGUUGGUGAACCUGCUCGCCGAGAAGCUUAUGUUGGCUUUCGUCCCCCGGCUCCAGGUAGUCGAGCUGGGCUCGUUACGCACGCUUGUCGUGCCGAGGACUUCAUCCACCCGGGCGAGGAGCUUCCUCAACCCCUCUAUGCCCAGGUCUAG